CCCUGAUCGCCUGCUUUCUGUUCCGUGAUCUCAGAUUUCUGCGUCCUUAUACCCCGGUUCGAGAAGCAUCCUUUCUAUCAAACAGAAUGCUCUUAAACUUCAUCGUGGUUCUGUUGGCGGUCGCAUCUGCUUUUGCAGGACGUACCGAAGUACAUCGCUUUGAAAAGGAGCACAAUCAUACCUCGUCGCAGCAUGUCUCCUUUCCAAAUCAUGCCCAGCAGCCUAAAUCCCUCCAGCGCCGUGAUCUAACAAAUCUGACCUAUCUCCAGAUCGGGGUCCUCUACGAGUUCAACGACCCAGAUCCUGACUGGCGCGACUAUGGGACUAUGAUCCAAUCCAUUUGGAACCUCGCGAAAGACGAUAUCAAUGCCGAUCCUGCUAAGUGGGGCUUGCCCUCGAACGCCCGUAUUCGCCUCGACUUCCGCGACUCUAUACAAUAUUUCCAUGGGUGGAAUAUGGAGGGCGCGUACAUGGUUUCUGCCAUGGAUUCGUACAAAGAUGGGAGUAUUGCUAUCGUAGGAGGAAGUUCGAGUGACGUUGCAAUUGCCAUGGCGCAGAUGUUGGGUCCAUUGAUGGUGCCAGUUUGCUCUCCUCAAGCUUACUCCUACGUCCUGUCCGACAAAACCAAAUACCCUUACUUCUUCCGUCCGAAUACUCCGGCUGCAAACGACGUAAUCGGUGUCAUCCCCCUCUUGAAGAACUAUGGCUGGACGCGCUUUUCGUUUAUUUAUCAAGAUGUUGCCUCUGGAACUGCGUAUGAUUCGGCAUUGUCGGAAGCAAUGAAGAAGGAGAGUAAGCUGUUCUUAGCCAAUAAGUUUACGGACUAUUACACGAACGACCCCGGUGAGCUUGCAAAUAGGGCCGUCGCAGACGGAACUCGUGUCAUUGUCGUUGCGGGCAAUCCUGAUUGGGCGGCAAAGUUGUUCUGGGGAGCCUACAAUGCUUCGGUCGUCGGCAACGACUUCGUCUGGAUCUUUGUCAAUGACAUUCAAGACCGGCUCGCAUCCCUCCUGAAAAAGAACUUGGCUGACGAGACCCAAAUUCCUGAGUUGCUAGAAGAUAUGCUUGUGGGAACCUUAUACAUGUCUGUUCAACGAGACAGUACUCCCGCGCGAGAGGAGUUUUGGGCUAGGUUGCCUACUCUCAAUGAGUCGUUAUAUCCACUGAUAAACUACGGAGGAGGAGGAGAUGAGGCUCCAGCUUAUGCAUGCAUUUCGGCUCUUGCAGCCGGGUGGGGCAAGCUGCUGCAACAAGCCGCCGCAGACAACAAUUCCGACGUCAACCUCGCCGCCCUAGCGUCUGGUGAACUAGGUUCCUACAUGAUACCCGAUACGUUCAACACUGGGAUCGAUACACCGGUUGGCUAUUUUAACUUGGAUCAACAUGGUGACUUUAAGGGAUACAAUCUACUGGUCGCAUUAUAUGAAAAGGGACAGCCUACUAUCGGUGACGGUGGGACCGAAAUAGGCAGUGUCGCAGCGGACCUGUCGGGAUUUAUUCAACGAGUUGUGCCAGUGUUUCGCGACGGGUCCAGUAACCCACCGCUUACGACCGUCCCACAACUGCCCGUCAAUCCCAGCUAUGAGUCUGUAUCGGCAGCGGUUAUCUUAGCUUUUACAAGCCUUGGGAUUUUUGCAACAGCCGUCACCGCCAUGUUAUUCGUUGUCUUCAUGAAGCAUGAGGCUAUCAGAAGGACUAGCUUACCAUUCUCUUUGCUGAUCCUCCUUGGCAUCACAAUAUCAUACACCACCCUCUUCCCGCACAUCGGUAUACCCACUCCUGCCCAUUGCAUUGGACAAACUUGGCUUCCUCCCAUUGGGUUCUGUUUGUGCUUCAGCAGCAUUGCAGUGAAAUCGUGGCGGUUGUACCGUAUCUUCAACAAUGUUCGCAAAAACUACGCCGUCAAGACCAGCCAGUUGUUCGCUUAUACUGGGGCGAUGCUUUCAUUAGAAGUCCUCAUCCUCAUAGUCUGGACCGCCUACGACCCUCCACGCCCCAUCGUGCUCCCGAUCUCCCAGAGACAGUCCAUCUACCUCUGCCGUUCGAGCACCCAAUUCCAACAAAACAUAUUCGAGGGCUUCCUAUACGCCAUCAACAGCGCCCUUCUUGCUUUCGUCCUCCUCCUAACCUGGCUAAACCGUACAGUCGCCACCGAAUACAACGAAACGCUCUAUAUUGGUGCGGCCGUAUGGAACUUUGUGGCGCUGAUGUCCAUCGGGUUGCCAUUGGUUUACAUCCAGUCGUUAUACGAGUAUCAGUUUGUAAUUCGGCAGAUCAUCGUCUUGCUGGUUACUACCUUCACGCUUUUGGUGCUUUUCGCGCCAGUUUUGUUGAGGAUUGCUGGGGUUAAGACUGAAAAAGUGGACCUGAUGAACAGCUUUGCCAACAAUGUGUUGAAGUCGGACUUUAAUAGUAAAUUCGGAUCAACGUCUACGUCUGAGUCGCUUAUCACGAACUCGACCAUCGUUCCGGCAAUCGAGCGCGGCGGCUUGUGGACCUUGCUCAAUCGUUGGGAAACCAUGCGGGUUUUCGUCAUCCCGAAAAUGAACACUCUCAUAGCAGUCCAACUCUCAAACGGCCGAGCAUUCACAUACAAUCUUGUGGACAGCAUAAUCUCUGAAGCCAGUAACUCGGGAGACGAAUUCAGCGUCGUGGUGACCUUCCCCAAAACAAAGCGGACCUUCUACUUGUCUUUCAACAGCCACGAACAGCGUACUGCUUGGAUGGCCUUGAUUGCUUCAGCUGGUGGCUCGCAUGCAGGCUCGGCUACUGGCAGCAAGGAUCCCAAUCGCCGGACUUCAGGUUUACAAAGUCCGCCCAUCAAAUCCGCGGAAGUCUCUAGUGCGCCAUGAUACUAGGUGGAUGUGUUCAUUCUAGCAGACUGCCUACAGGUUGCCAAAGCAAGCAAGCUUCGAGCUCCGAGACAGUGUGAAGCAGAUUAAAGCAACAAUAUUCCGCAAUUCUGGCUUUCUUGCUCCCGAAGACAUGAUUGGGUCCUACAUCUUGCAGGAACCGUAGGGCGAGAUAUGAUGUACCUCAUAGCAGCGGCCUCGUCAUUGCGUCCGGAAAAUUUCCUUGGAGCCGGUCCAUUUCAAGACAAGAUUGAUAUAUUGGCUGGCCCAUACAAAGUUAUACAAUGGUUCUUGACAGCUUACCAAUAUACCUAUCGUGUCUAACUUUGCCCCGUAA